AUGACCACACCUUACGAGAAGUCCACAGAAUCGGUCAACCCUGAUAGACCGAUGGCCACACCUUGCGAGAAGUCCACAGAAUCGGUCCACCCCGAUAGACCCAUGGCCACACCUUGCGAGAAGUCCACAGAAUCGGUCUAUCCCGAUAGACCCAUGGCCACACCUUGCGAGAAGUCCACAGAAUCAGUCAACCCCGAUAGACCCAUGGCCACACCUUGCGAGAAGUCCACAGAAUCGGUCUAUCCCGAUAGACCCAUGGCCACACCUUGCGAGAAGUCCACAGAAUCGGUCAACCCGGAAGAUGGCAAGAUCAUAUCAGUAUCAGCUUAUCAAUAUCACACAACCAUGCCAGCUUCUGCACAACCAGCUCAAAACCCAGAAAGGUGUGAGGUAAGUGCUUGUCAACUUCUAUAGUCAUCCACAUCUAUAAUCCAAAUUCCUGAAUAUUAAACUUAGACCUCGGACAAAUAUAUAUAUACUCAAAUAAUCUGAAUAGCUGUUGACAUCCGAAUAUGCCAUGUUGUACUAUUUGGAUACCCAGAGAGUGUCUACCCUUUACUUGCUAUUUAAUUAUGUUAAAUCUAAUGGUGUCUAUUAUUUGUUUGAUAUUCAUUUAUGCCUUUAGGAUUUAU